AUGGCGAUGGAGACAAUCGAGUUGCUUCUACAAAGCAAAUACGAGGAAACGGAGAACCGUCUUGGACACGCCCAAAUCCAUCAGCUCCUGAAGCUCUGUCUCAGGACGUAGUUUACGUGAGACGAGACAAUCUGCAAACAGGUGAGGGACACACCAAUGGGUUCGCCGACUUCGAGAUUCUAAAGCUGAGGCGGUCCUGCAACGGUUAGAGUCGCUGGUCUUCCAACGCCCAAAAAACGGAAAUCUGGGCCCGGUAUGUGGAUGAUACCUUCGUCGUCAUCGAACGGGAUCAGGUGCUGACGUUCAAAGAACAACUUAGCACCGGCUCCCCGACUUAAAACUUACGAUAGAGGAGGAAGAGAACAACCAGCUGGCCUUCCUGGAUGUCCUCGUAUGCCGCAAAGAUUGUGGUGAACUAAAAACCAAACUGUUCAGGAAAGCGACAAAUACGAUGCAAGUACUGAACUUCAACAGUAACCACCCAAUCAGCCACAAACGCAGUUGUGUAAGGACGCUCUAUCGGCGUGUCGAAACGCACUGCAGUGAGCCGGAAGACAAAAUCGCAGAGCUGCAAUACCUCCUACGGGUCUUCCAAGCCAAUGGCUACCCGCGCAACUUCGCCGACCGGUGCAUACGCAAAAGGAACGAAAGGCCUAACCGCACCGACACCAAAUCUUGGCGGGCACUUCCGUAUGUCAAGAACGUUUCGGAAGCUGUCGGCCGCCUUCUCGCACCAAUUGGGGUUGGAGUGGCACACAGACCGGAGGCAACCAUCAGGCGUCUGGUCAUGAAACCGAAGGACCCGCUGCCACGGCUAGAAACGUCUGGAGUCGUUUAUCGGAUCUGGCGCAGCUGCGGACAAAGCAACUACGUCGGAGAAACCGGAAGACAGCUCCGAAGCGAAUGGCCGAACACGCUGCAGUGGUGCGGAUAAAUGACGCCAGCUCUCAAGUUGCGGCUCAUUCGAUGAGAUGCCGCCACACAUUCAAAUUAAACUAGGCUGAAAAUCUGCCAUUAUGUGACAACGGCGUGAGCCGGAAGCUACCUAAGUCAGGGUUUACUGCCCCCAGUCAAUUAACAAGUGCAAUGAUCUUCCUCUUCCAUACUCGGUGAUGAAUCUUUGCCUAGGCGGAGUAAUUAGCCCGCGGGGAGCGCACAUGUGAACACAUGUCCCAACAACAGGGUCGGCGGAUCAGAUGGUCGAACAAUCAUCACGCCAACAUCCCACACACGUGAUGAAAUUGCUGAAAUUAACGACGCGAAUUUCGGCCAUCAAGCAGUCAUUACAACAUGUGCAACGGUCGUGGAUGAAGGUGUGAUCCGUGAAUGUUCAUAGGUAUGCGGUAGCAUGGUGACUGCAUCCUAUACAUACUGCAGCCCCUUGUGCGUGAAGCAUUUUUAUCUGAUGUUGUCUCUGACGAUGGAUUCGAGCAUGAAUCCGAAAAGUCAGACUAAUAAUGCUCUUGUCUCCUUGUUCCAGACUACUUCAUUGGAUUCGUCUCUUCGCUUCUAUUGGGAAGUCGCCGUAUGCUGUGCUGAUCACAGCUAAUCAGUUCCUCGAUUUUAUGCAGUCGGUGUACCUCCGGAUAUCCACGUCUGUGCAAGCCAUCCAAACGUCCUGCAUUUUUCGCAACAUCUGCUGCGCAAGGCGGCAAUAUUCGUGGAUGGCUGUCUUGUUUUCAUCGGUUAGACGGUCAAAGGUAGGCUCUGUGUAGCCUGUUCUUCUCGACCAGCGGGCUACUGACGGCUGUGUCGUUGCGGUUGCAUCAGUCCUGGCGCUGGCGUCGCUUGCGUCCGAUGGUCAAGUGGGCGGCGUCUCGUAGUCGUCAGUACUGUCGUUCGGUUGUUUAAUGACUAGUUCAUUCAGCUUUGGUUGUAAGCAUUAGUUAUUUUGCUGUUAGGUUUCCUGUUUGCUGCUCUUAAGCGAUUGGAAAUGUGUUAACAAGCCCUCUGAUGCUGACUGAUGCAUCUUGGCUCGCUGCGUUUAUAUUUAGGUGGGGUCACGACAGUACCCGCCCAUGAUCAUCCGGACAUCCUCCAAAUUUAAAUAUCGACGAGCCAGUUUUAACGUAUGUCGCUAUACAGGAAUUCAAAAUACGGUCUCGACGCUGCCGGCCUAUUUGCGACAGUUCCGUAAUUAUCUAACGGUGGCAUUACUGAGCAUAGGGGCUUUAGUGAACAGUCCUCAAGUGCACCUGUAUGACAGUCAAUGCGAGCAAAACACGUUAUCUAUGCCUUUAUAAUGAAUUACCAUAGGGAUUUGACUGGUUUCACUUGAUUACAAUUUAACGCCACAAGCUGGGCUACAUAUCGACUUUGAAUUUAUCAAAAAAAAAUUCCAAUUUGUUAGUAGUUAUAUUGUGUCCGAACCGGGAAAUUCGUCUAAACUCGCCAAACUGAACACAAAUUGACAAUGAAAAGGCUAGACUUCUGCUCCCAAGUAGUCUUGUAUGAUAUAGAAACUGGGCACACACUUUCUUGGGACAAAGCCCGCAUUGUCGAUUUUGACUAUAUAAAAAAGUUCGAGAAUUUCUAGUGGCCCUUCUCUUUGGUGAAUUAUGCAUUAAACGGCGCAUCGUACUGAAACCCAAGUAAACAAAUUUCAAAGAAAAAUCGAACGUGGAGAACCAACCAAAAUGUGAGUCAGUCGGCACUGAAAAAGCAAGAUCGAUUUUAGGGCAUGUUUCAAUUGUAACUGUUUGUCACGCUUAAUACACGUUUAAAUACGACCUGUGAGCCAGCAUCGAAAAUUUAUGAUAUGUAGUUCGUCCAAUUCCCCAAAAGACUCAUUUUUCUUCGGGUUGUGCUUCUUGGGAUGCCCAUCGUUCUGUACCUAUACGCACAUAUAUGCAUCUAUACCUGUUUUUAUGUAAGAAAAAAGAAGAAAUGCGAAACUAAAGUCCGACCAACAUCAUUUCUUUUGUCACGAUUCUACUCUAUCCCAUUAAUUUUCAUGCCUUGCCUGGUAAAGUAAUCCAUCUAAAUGGCGUUUUAAAAACACGUUUAACGUCCUUGCACAUUUACAGUGCUCUACCUACGGCUUUAUUCUCAAUGAUGCUGCUGAAUACGUCACUCGGCACGCUGAAGACUACCGAUUUGAGAAAGUAAUCGGGAACAUAUAUGGGCGUGCAUACAUAGUACUUAUAAUCUAUGAGGAGCACUUAACAUUUGAGUGCACAUUUUUACGGGACGACUGGACAGCCAUAUACUGGCAAUACGCGUGUUUAGCGCCUUUCUCUAACGCCGAAGUUCAUAUAAUUAAAGAGGUAAGAUGAAGAUAUAAGUUUAAUUUUUAACUCUGCCAGGGAAUUUAUAGAUCGCAUUUUGUUUUUCGUUGCCUCUCACCUAUGUCCUUGCAACAUGCACGUUGUUAAACCCUAGUAGCAUUCAAUAGCUACCUGAUGCACUCUUAUCGCGGAAAUCUGGCGAUUGGGCUAUCUCGUCACCUGAUUGGUCGGCGAGUUUAUCGAUUUCUCACAGUCAUUGGCUGGCACGCUUGAGCUAUCGGUGCUCCCACGCCGCAUGCACGUCGCCAUUAUUGCUUGCGUAUCGCGUGCGUCGUGUGCUAUCAACUGCUCUCUGCUUCAAUCUCUUAUAAUCUUACUUGAUUCAUUAACCCAUCUUUUUAUUGUUCAAAUGUUUAGGCAUGAAUGUAAACGCACUAUUAGGCGGAAUGUAAAGAAGAAGAAGAUAGCGGAAAUAUCAAGAGAAAUAGAUGCAGAAGUGGAUCUGCUCUUUGGCCGUAGCAAACGUUAUCGAGCGGACUGUUCAGACAGCGAGUCGUCUGUUGGUAACUCAGUAGACGAUGGAAGUGGGAGCUUUAGUCAACCAACGUCAUUGUUAGGUGAUUUAGCAUCUGCUGACAGUAUUUCUUGGGCGAACAAUGUCAUCCAUAAUGAUGACGUGCCACGAAGUGAACGCAUAAGGACAAGACUGCGUGAUUGGGCUUUGCAAUGCCGUAUACCGCACAGUCAUUUACGAAGUCUGCUAGGCAUAAUGUGGAUGACAGUCCCGCAAUUACCCGAAGACCCUCGUACACUGUUGGGGCCAUCGUAUAACUUGCAAGUAGUCCCCAUGGGUUGUGGAAAGUACGUUUAUGUUGGGCUGCAGAAACAAAUGCGCAGAUAAGUUGAUAGUGAAAUCGUAGUCGCAGACAAUGAAGAUAUGAUUGUGAAUCUAGCUAUAGAUGGUUUGCCGGGGUGUAGGGGUGUCAGCGGUGGGUUCUCGUGAUGGUCGUGGUGGUCGCUCACUUGCUUGCAGGUAAGACUAUGCCUAGCGUUCACUUGCUGCCACUAAACUCUCACCUGUGGCUUCACGUAGCUGGGCUCUGCCCAGCGGCCACACCCCGGGCAACCAUCUCGACCGGCGGGCUAAACCAGGUGAGGGGGCACUGCGCGCUGUGCCGUGUGCACAGGGUUUGCGGAUUCCGCUGGAUGGAAGGUCGGAUGGAACCUUGCGUCGACACCGUCGUGACGUGGUUCGUCUCUGCACGCCGCUGGACAGCCGGUGACGGGAUGGAUCUCCACAUCGACAUCGCCUUGACGCGCCCACCUACGCUGUCGGAGACCGCGGCUUACGGCGAAUUCGAGUCGCUCUCCACUACAACCCGAAGUCGUGGCCCCAUAGUGGAGUUCGGCCGUGCCACAACGGCGCAUGGCAGCCCUAUUCCGGGAUGGCACUGCCAGGCCCCCCGAGGGGAAGGGCCUAGAAAAUGUGGCCUAAACAGGCUAGCCAGGGCUGCUGACGUCUAAACAUGGUCGAAACAAUCAAAAUCGAAACAACAACAAUACUUAUAACAACAACAACAAUACUCGCUCACCUCCUCAUCCUACCUCUUCUUUCUCUUCCACUGCCUAUUUUUCUCCUUCGCCAUCUUCUUCUCAGACCUCCUUCCCUUCGCCCCACUCGUUGUCAUCAGACUGGCAGAGUGAGUCCGCUCACUCUGGCAGCCUGGAAUGUUCGUUCCCUUUUAGACAAUCCGAGGAGCAACCGACCGGAACGGAGGACGGCGCCAGUGGCACGAGAACUGGCGCGCUACAAGGUGGACAUCGCCGCACUCAGCGAGACCCGAUUCUCCGAACAAGGCCAACUGGAGGAGGUGGGUGCCGGCUAUACCUUCUUCUGGAGUGGUCGACCCAAGGCAGAGCGACGAGACGCGGGUGUCGCCUUCGCUAUCCGGAACGACAUCGUGGGACGACUACCCUGUUUGCCGCAGGGUAUCAACGAUCGCCUGAUGAGCCUCCGUCUGCCUCUGCGGGGUGGGGCAAAUUCGCCACACUCAUCAGCGCCUACGCUCCGCCGAUGAGCAGCCCCGACGCCGCCGCAAGAGACAAGUUCUACGAGGACCUGCACGCCCUCUUGGCGACUGUGUCGAAGGCGGACAAGUUGAUUGUCCUUGGCGACUUCAACGCCCGCGUCGGCACAGACCAUACUGCCUGGUGGGGAGUGCUGGUACUCACGGUCUCCGCGGCUCCAAUGACAAUGGUCUGCUACUGCUUCGCGCCUGCGCAGAACACCGCCUCAUCCUGACGAACACCGUCGUCUGCCUGCCGGAGCGAGAGAAGGCCACCUGGAGGCAUCCUCGGUCGCGCCAGUGGCAAUUGCUGGACUAUGUCCUCGUCCGGAGGCGAGAUCAGCGGGACGUGCUGGUGAAGAAGGCGAUCGCGGGUGCUGACGGGUGGACCGACCAUCGCCUCGUCAUCUCGAAAAUGCGUAUUCGCCUACAGCCUCGCAGAAGACCACAAGGUAAGCGACCCCCAGGUAAUCUGAAUGUUGCUUUGUUGUCUUUGCCUGCUCACCGUCUCCAUUUCAGAAAUGAGUUAGCUCAACGGCUAGACAACCUUCCAAUCGCUGCCGCCGACGACGCCGCCGCCGCUGCCGAGAACGCCUCCGUGUAGAACCGCUGGUGUCUACUGCGGGACACAGUCCAGUCGACGGCGCUCGCCGUCCUCGGUCGCGCUCCCCGCCAACACCAGGACUGGUUCGACGACAACGACGCUGCCAUCAGCAAUCUGCUUUCCGAGAAGAACCGCCUACACAAAGCCUACGUAGAUCACCCCACUGAGGACAACAAAGCUGCCUUUUACCGCAGUCGCCGACAGCUUCAGCAACGACUGCGCGAGAUGCAGGACGCCUGGACUGCUCGCAAAGCUGAGGAGAUCCAAGGGUACGCGGACCGCAACGAAUGGAAGAACUUCUUCUCCGCAAUCAAAGCUGUCUACGGUCCGCCGACGAAGGGCACUGCUCCUCUCCUCAGCGCCGACGGCAGCACUCUCCUGACUGAGAGGACACAAAUCCUGCAGCGAUGGGCCGAGCACUUCCGAGGCGUCCUCAACCGCCCUUCCGUCAUCUCCGACGCCGCCAUCGCCCGCUUGCCGCAAGUAGAGACCAACGUGGACCUCGACCUCCCGCCAUCUCUCCAGGAAACGAUCAGGGCCGUGCAUCAGCUCUCCAGCGGGAAAGCACCCGGAUCGGACGCCAUCCCUGCUGAGGUCUACAAGCACGGAGUUCCCCAACUGAUGGAUCAGCUGACUGCGCUCUUCCAGGAGAUGUGGCGUCAAGGUGAAGUCCCGCAAGAUUUCAAGGACGCAACAAUCGUGCACCUUUACAAGCGAAAGGGGAAUCGCCAAGUCUGCGACAAUCACCGCGGCGUCUCCCUACUGAACAUCGCUGGGAAGAUCUUCGAUCGCAUCCUGCUCACCCGCCUCAACAACCAUCUGGAACAGGGCCUUCUGCCGGAAAGCCAAUGCGGCUUCCGUCGUCAUCGUGGGGCCACGGAUAUGAUCUUCGCAGCCCGCCAACUUCAGGAGAAGUGCCAGGAGAUGCGGACCCACCUGUACUCUACAUUCGUGGACCUGACGAAAGCCUUCGACACGGUGAAUCGUGAAGGACUGUGGAAGAUCAUGCAGAAAUUCGGCUGUCCGGAGCGAUUCACUCAGAUGGUGCGUCAGCUGCACGACCGUAUGAUUGCGCGAGUCACGGAAAACGGAGCUGUCUCAGAGGCAUUCGCAGUGACCAACUGA